AUGGCCGAUACCGCUGCUGAACCGCUCAUUGCCGGCGGUCCCGACAUUCCGAGAGAUGACGAUUUUGAGGAAGGGGUCGACGUGGACGAAGGUGCGCUGGUGAAGCCGGGGAGGUUUAUCUGGGUGCUUACGUUCUGCGCUGGGGUGUCGGGCCUGUUGUUUGGUUAUGACACCGGUGUCAUAUCCUCAACCCUCGUCUCCGUAAAAUCAGACCUCUCCUCCCGCCUCCUGACUACCCUCGACAAAUCCCUCAUCACCUCCGCGACGUCCUUCUUUGCUCUCCUCGUCUCCCCGCUCACGGGCGUCCUCGCCGAUGCGCUAGGCCGCAAGACAAUUAUCCUUAGUGCAGAUAUUCUCUUCGUCGUUGGUGCGCUGUGGCAGGCCUGGACGAGCAGUGUGUGGGGCAUGGUUGCGGGGAGGAGUGUCGUGGGUGCGGCGGUCGGAAGCGCCUCGUUCGUCGUGCCGCUGUAUAUUGGGGAACUAUCACCGGGGCCGUGGAGGGGGAGGAUGGUGACUAUUGCCAGUCUAUUUAUUACAGGCGGUCAAGUGGUUGCGUAUGUUGUCGGCUGGUUGUUCUCGACAAAAGUCCAUGGCUGGAGGUGGAUAGUGGGGCUGGGAGCAUUACCCGCGUUAGUACAGUUUAGCUUGCUAUUCCUCAUGCCUGAGACACCAAGGUAUCUUGCCAGAAGUGGGCAGAGAGAGAGAGCUAGACGCGUGUUGAUAAAGGUGUAUGAGAGGUGUGAGGGUGUGGACGCGGACAGGCUCGUGGACAGUGUGCUUAGGAGAGUGGAGAGGGAGAUUAUGGAAGAGGAGUAUGCUACCCGAGGAAGAGUAAUUGGGCCUGCUAAGCAAGGGUGGGCUGCAAAGAUCGAGAGAGUGCAGGAGAGCUUCACGCAGCUAGUUAGCAUCGGAGGAAACAGGAGGGCGCUCAUCAUCGCAUGUAUGCUUCAGGGUGCUCAGCAGCUUUGUGGGUUUGUAAGUUCUCCAGUUCCUCGCUAUUGUGGUGCUACAGCAACCAUUCCUGGCAUAUUCGAUCCUUGCACCCUGCAACAAUUAAGAAAUUCAGACACUAACCGCCCUCAGAACUCCCUUAUGUACUUCUCCGCCACCAUCUUCUCCCUCGUUGGCUUUCACUCCCCCACCCUAGCCUCCCUUUCCAUCGCGCUCACAAACUUCCUCUUCACCCUCGUAGCCUUCUACUACAUCGACCGCAUUGGCCGCCGUCGCAUCCUCCUCCUGUCCAUCCCCGUUAUGGUCCUCGGUCUCCUUCUCUGCUCCGUGGCUUUUAAUUUCCUCGAUGUACCCAUGGAGUCGAACAGCCUGCGCGGCCGAGACGAGGGAAGCAUGGUUUGGCCACUCAUGAUCCUCGUCGCAAUGGUCAUCUACGUGGCCGGGUACGCCAUCGGACUGGGCAACGUACCCUGGCAGCAAUCCGAACUCUUCCCACUCUCCGUGCGCUCGCUGGGCUCUUCACUCGCGACAGCGAUGAAUUGGGGCUCCAACACACUCGUGGGACUUACUUUCCUACCUAUGAUGCAGUUCUUCACGCCAAUGGGGACGUUUGCGCUGUAUGCGCUAGUGUGUGUGGGUGCGUGGGUAAGUGUUAAGAGGAUUUACCCUGAAACUGCAGGGUUGGGGUUGGAAGAUGUGGGGAGGUUUUGA